AUAGAAAGUGUAACAUUGUUCUCAAACUUGAAAAGAUAAAAAGCAAACUUUCUGGUUUUGAUAUGGUUUCAGUCUCUUAACUUCGACUAAAGGUUUAUAAUGGCGGAUUCUGGAGUUGAUACAGGUAACGAAAGUAGUGACAAUCCUGUUUUUGACCAUUCUUAUUGUGUUUUGGAGUUUAAUCCUCCUGCAAUACCAAUAAAUUUGGCUGGACAACCAAUGCCUGUAGACUUUUUAGGCGAGCCCCACGACCAUAUAGGAAAAAUAAAGUGUUCAACAAAAGCUCGUCACUGCAGAUUGAAAUAUCGUUAUGGAAGAUCAAUUUGCUCAUCAAGAAAUAAGAAGUUGCGGUUUGCUGCGUCCACCAAUAACACAGAGCUAGUAGAAAAGCUUUUAUUAUCAGGUGCUGAUCCAAAUUGCUCAGAUGAACAUAAAAGAAGCCCCUUGCAUUUAGCAGCUUGUAGAGGUUAUGUUGAUGUUAUUAAAAUGUUAAUAAGACAUGGCGCAAAUCCAAACAAUAAGGAUACUCUAGGCAACACGCCCCUCCACCUCGCUGCUUGCACUAAUCACAUUCCUGUUGUUAUUGAGCUCCUCGAUGCAGGCACUGAUGUCAGUUCCAAUGAUAAAAAUGGUCGCAAUCCUAUACAGCUUGCUCAGAGCAAACUAAAACUCAUUCAAAUGAGACCUAGUGGAGCUGGGCAUUUUGAGGAAACAAAGCAGCUCAUCAGUGAAAUAUGUCUGGUUGUGGAAAUGAUGCUUAAAUAUAUGAAAAUACAGAAAGCUGAUGCUGGUGAAAUUGAAUCUGUUAGAGAAAGACUUGAAAAUGUCAGCACCAGAGAACAAGUCGAUUCUGAAGUACAAAACCUCUUGGAUAGUCUUGAUUCUUUAAAAUUAAGAUAAUAAUUUAACUUGCAACAAAUACAAGACUGUUAAUUUAAUAACUGCCUAAUGAUAAGAGCUCAUAAUAUUUAGUUCUAAGUAACAAAAUUCUAAAAAUCAGCUCAGUUUGGUUUGUCGGUUGUUUAAGGAUUAAUUAGUAGAGUGACAAUUUUUUCCUUAUUAUAAAAAUAAGUGUAAUCAAUUUGUCAAGGAUUUGAUUAAAAUUAUAUAUUUUUAAAAUUAUAUCUAUUAAGUAAGUAUGUUCUUUUAGUAAUAAAUUUACUAUAAUUUUUA